AUGGCCGUAGACGCUCACAGCCUCUCCCGGCACCCCCAAGAGCUCGCCACGGCGCCCACCGGGCUGCUGCCGCCGCGCCGGCGGACCUCAAAGCCGCCUCUCUCUCUCCGGUCCGCUCCGCUCCGCCGCGGGCGCCGGCCCGGCCCCGCCCCCACACCACGCCCCCCUCCACUACCUCCCCCCAGUCCGGCUGGCGGGCUCGCGCGCGUCCUGCCAGCACCCUGGACACUCACUGCCGGCCCGAACCCUCGCCCUCCGCCUUCCAAGCUGCCCUUGCCCUUGUCCAGGGCGCGCCCAUCCUGCUUGCGCCCCCAAGCCCGCCACCCAGGCCGGGCGGGGGCCUGGGACCCGGCGGGCGCGGCGCGCCGAGGCGGCCCCUGCGUGCCAGCUCACCGGUCCCGGCGCUCUCUCCCAUCUCGUCCCCGGGCCGCGGCCCGCCGCCCGCCCCGCGCCCGCGCCCGCGCGAGCCACACCCUGCGUCUGCCGGCUCUGGGUCCUGAGCCCCCUGCUUACUGUCGGGCUUCCUCCAAGGGCCGGCUAACAGCCCACCUUGGUCUAGAGGAAGCCGGUGCCAGUCCCUCUUCCUCCCCGGGCCGGCCCUCGCUUCAGUGCGUCCUCUUCAGCCUGUCGCGAGCAACCUGGGCGUCCCCAGGCGCAGCUGGUCUUCUGCCCCCUUGGCCGGGGGGAGGGUGGGGGGCGGGGUGGGCCCCAGCUGGGCAGGCACCCUCCUGGCUCUUUCUUGGGCUCCCCAGCGCUGUGCCCUGCGCCCAGGCCAGAGCCCGCGCUUCCGCUGCCCGGAGACGCUUCCCCUAG